AUGGGAUUAUGUUAUUUCCAUGCCAUUAUUUAAGAACGUAAGAAAUUUGGUCCUUUGGGAUGGAAUAUCAAAUAUGAAUUUAAUGAUAGUGAUCUUGAAACUUCAAAGACAGUUAUUAAAAUGCUUUUAGGUGAAAAUGAUACUGUACCUUGGGAUGCUAUGUUAUAUGUGAGUGGUAAUAUCAAUUAUGGUGGUAGAGUAACUGAUGAUUGGGAUAGAAGAUGUUUAAUGACUAUUUUGAGGAAAUUUAUAUGUAAUGAAGUAUUGGAUGAUAAUUAUGUUUUUUGUGAAAAUAAUACAUACAGAAUACCUGAGAAAAGUGUAGUUGAAGAUUAUAUUAAAUAUGUUGAAUCUUUACCUAUGACUGAUGAUCCUGCAGUUUUUGGCAUGCAUGAAAAUGCCAAUAUCACAUUCUAAUUAAGAGAAAGUGAUUCAAUUUUAGAAACUAUCUUAUCUAUAUAACCAAGAGAAGGUGGAGGAUCUUCAGAAAAAACACCUGAUUAAAUUGUAUUAGAGCUUGUUAAAAGUAUUUAAGAUGAUCUCCCUCCUCUUUUAAGUAAAGAAGAAUCUAAUAAAGAAUUAUGGUAAAUUAAUCCAGAGAAAAAUCUUAUUCCAUCAUUAUCUACAGUUCUAUUAUAAGAAUUAGAACGUUUUAACAUUUUACUUUCAACUAUGGCUAGAACAUUAUAAGGAUUGGCUUAAGCUAUUGAAGGUAUAGUGGUAAUGAGUUAAGAAUUGGAUAGUAUGUAUUAUUCACUUAUGAAUAAUGAAGUUCCAAAAGUUUGGAAUAAAGUGGGAUAUUUAUCAUUAAAAGGUUUGGCAUCUUGGAUUAGAGACUUAAAAGAAAGAGUGAAAUUUAUGUCAGAAUGGCUUAUUACAGGUGGGCCUAAUAGUUUUUGGAUAUCAGGAUUCUUUUAUCCUUAAGGAUUUUUAACUGGUGUUCUAUAAACUCAUGCUCGUAAGACAGCUAUAGCUAUUGAUAAUCUUGUCUUUUCAUUUAAGGUAUAAGAAUUUGAAAAAGAAUAAUGCUCAAUCAAACCAGUGGAUGGUGUUUUUAUUUAUGGGUUAUUUUUGGAAGGAGCAUAAUGGAAGAAAAAAUGUCUGGCCGAUCUUAAUUUUGUAAUAUUUCAUCAUUAAUAUAUAGGGUCAAAUGAGUGUGCUUAUGCCAGUGAUUCAUUUCUUACCUUUACAAUAGGACAAAUAUUAAUAGAGAUCUGAUAAUUAUAGGUAUUAUUUAUGAUUAAAACAUUAGUUGUCCUGUUUAUAAAACAUAAACAAGAGCUGGUGUCUUAUCCACUACAGGAUAAAGUACAAAUUAUGUUUUAGCUGUGGUAAUUAUUUAUAUAUAUAUAUAAUUUUAGGAUUUACCUACAUUGGAUUAACCUCCUGAUUAUUGGACAUUAAGAGGAACAGCACUUAUUUGUGCACUAAAAGAAUGAUU